GGACUACCCCGUAGACCGUGACGAGCGUGUGCGUAAACUGCUCACCCGAGCAGAGUCCAUGCAUGAAGCCAUGGGCCACCAGGCUCUCCUGCAACAGACGCCCUUGGCCUUCUGGAUAGCCUUUCACUUCACAUCGUGGAGACGGCUGGCCAGUGUGUUAGAGCUGAUGCUCAACAUUCUCAUAGUGGCGUCAGGGUGCCACGGAGGCUCGGAUUUUGAGCCUGACGUGUGCACCGAGGACCACGUGCUGGGUGUGCUGCUGUACCGUCUCAAGUGCGCCCAGUUGCUCAACAGCGCUUUUGUCUUCAUCGCCAUUCUGCUGAAGACGCGUGGCAAGUGGUCGUACAAUGUGUACUAUGGCUUCAUGCUGUAUCUGAGCCUGGUGGGUUUCUACUGUGAAAACCUCGUCUACGCGUUGCUGCUGGUGGACCUUCUGCAGCGCUUCGAUACGCUGAUUAACGUGGCCAAGAGGUGA